GAAAAGUUGACUUGUAUUAAUGUGUGAGAACUGAGAAUUUUGUUCACGCGUGUGUUUGAUUUCGUUUUGAAUCUUACAAGAUACAGAAUGGAUGCCAAACUUGAGAUGCCGUCCUCGUGGAACGAGUACAUCGGCACUGUACUCAGCGACAGCGGCCACGUAUCCCGAAGCGCCAUCUACGGAAUCUCAGACUCUCGGAAGUGGGCGUCGUCAGCCGGAUUUGACGUCACGAGCGACGAAGUUAGGUCGCUAGUGGUAGGCUUCAUGGAUCCCUCGAGACUCUGGAAAGACGGUGUGCAUCUUGGUGGCCGGAAGUACACGUGCACGCGCUCUGAAAGUAGUCUGAUAGUGGGCAGGGAGAGCGCAGAGGGAAACGGAUGUGUCAUCUUCCGGUGUUGCAAGUGUCUGGUGAUUGGGACGCACGAGGGCGAAGCACAUCCGGGAGGCUGCUACAGCGUCGUCACAAAACUGGGGGAGUAUCUCAAGGAACAUGGUAUAUGAACUUUGUGAGCAUGGUUACAGCGAGUACACAGUGAUAGCACGGUAGCAUUAUAUAAAGCUAAAAGUAUAUUACUUCCAGAGAUAAGCAACGUGGUUGCUCCACGUUCUGAAGAACUUGUUAAGAACUUGUGGAUAUCGUGUAAAGGAGAUGGGUAUGAUAUUGUAAAUACUUUUAAUGUAUACGCAAUUUGUUAUUGGUUCAAAACUCUGUUGUCUGUUACGUUUUAUCCAGACGACAAAUAAGGACAAAGUUUACAGAUUGAAGCUUUUAACGAAAAGUAGCGUCUGAGCAACAUAUACAAUUGUUCAAUUAUUUUGGUGUACUUAACCCGUUUACAAUAUUUGUAUAACAGUACAUCCCAUUUGAAAUAUCCAUUUGAAAAAACAAACAAACAUGUUUUUUCAUUGCUGAACAUAAAAAUCUGGGUCAAUUAUUUUAUGUUUGAACGGUUUACAUAUGAAAUUGUUAUAUGGGUAAACAUAUAGUACCACAUAUUGCUGAAUUAAAAGUUUUGAAAUUA